AAUUUUAGUACUCACCGCAAGGUCUGGACUUCACCUUCAAGAUAGCUGUAACAAGCAGCUCACAUUUCUCCGACAUCGUGUUGACAUUCCUACUCAGUCAGUUCGUAGGAGUUUAGGCAGGGAAGAUAUCAUAUCAACUCCCAUCUACCCUCUAUCUGCUUAUUCAAAAUAUCCUACACCCAAUUGUCUUGUUUCUAGUCGACUAAAAAAUUUCACCCGCCGCCAUGUUCAAAAACAUCGUCACCUCAGCUCUGCUCUCCUCUGCUAUUGCCAGUGCCUCCACUGCGCACGCAAAUGGCAAAGCCCCAUGUGCUAAUGUGCACAUGAUGCUUGCCCGCGGAACUACUGAAAGCUAUCCUGGUCUGCUCGGGUCUUUGACUGAUCUGGUCAUGGACGCUAUUCCAGACAGCAAUUACGAGAAUAUCAUCUAUCCUGCAACCCAGGAAGGAUCGACCCCCAGCUAUGAGGAGGGCAUCUACAAUGGCUCUGCUCAGCUGAAGGCUUAUGUCAAGGCUUGUCCGGAAACCAAGGUGGUACUCUUCGGAUAUUCUCAGGGAGCGAUGGUUGUGAGCGACAUGUUGGCCGGUGGCGGUGAUAACGGAACCUUGGGGAAUAUCACGGCUCCUGCUAUUGAUCCUGAAACCGGAUCCCAUAUCGCCGCUGUCCUUCUCUACGGAGACCCCCGUCAUAUGCCCAACCAGACGUACAACGUCGGGGAUGUAACUGCUACUGGCAAAUACCCCCGUACUGCCGAGCAACUUGCGGCCCUCUCCAUGUAUGCCGACAGACUGCACGACUACUGCGACUACAAAGACGGUGUUUGCGAUGCUGCCGGAACUAAUCUCUCCGCUCAUAUGGCAUACGCCACUAUCUGGGACAAGGUCGCUGCUACUUGGGUUGAGAGCAUGAUGCAGAAAUAAGCUUUAGCUUGAUUCGUGAAGACGUGAUGCCGCAAAGUGUUUAAGUUCGCCGCAGCCUGGGGCUGAGAGUUAUCUUC